UAGUGGGGUAGUUGGCGGGUGGUUGAGUGGAGCCGGUCGCCAUGUCCGCCGGGAGCGCGACACAUCCUGGAGCUGGCGGGCGCCGCAGCAAAUGGGACCAACCAGCUCCAGCCCCCCUUCUCUUCCUUCCGCCAGCGGCCCCAGGUGGGGAGGUCACCAGCAGUGGGGGAAGCCCUGGGGGCACCACAGCUGCUCCCUCAGGAGCUUUGGAUGCAGCCGCUGCUGUGGCUGCCAAGAUCAAUGCUAUGCUUAUGGCCAAAGGAAAGCUGAAACCAACUCAGAAUGCUUCUGAGAAGCUUCAGACUCCUGGCAAAGGCCUAACUAGCAAUAAAAGCAAGGAUGACCUGGUGGUAGCUGAAGUAGAAAUUAAUGAUGUGCCUCUCACAUGUAGGAACUUGCUGACUCGAGGACAGACUCAAGAUGAGAUCAGCCGACUUAGUGGGGCUGCAGUGUCCACUCGAGGGAGGUUCAUGACAACUGAGGAGAAGGCCAAAGUGGGACCAGGGGAUCGUCCAUUGUAUCUUCAUGUUCAGGGCCAGACACGGGAAUUGGUGGACAGAGCUGUAAACCGGAUCAAAGAAAUUAUCACCAAUGGAGUGGUGAAAGCUGCCACAGGAACAAGUCCAACUUUUAAUGGUGCAACAGUAACUGUCUAUCACCAGCCUGCACCGAUAGCUCAGCUGUCUCCAGCUGUUAGCCAGAAGCCUCCCUUCCAGUCAGGGAUGCAUUAUGUUCAAGAUAAAUUAUUUGUGGGUCUGGAACAUGCUGUGCCCACAUUUAAUGUCAAAGAGAAGGUGGAAGGUCCAGGCUGCUCCUAUUUGCAGCACAUUCAGAUGGAAACAGGUGCCAAAGUCUUCCUACGGGGCAAAGGUUCAGGCUGUAUUGAGCCAGCAUCUGGCCGAGAAGCUUUUGAACCUAUGUAUAUUUACAUCAGUCAUCCCAAACCAGAAGGCCUGGCUGCUGCUAAGAAACUCUGUGAGAAUCUCUUGCAAACAGUUCAUGCUGAAUAUUCUAGAUUUGUCAAUCAAAUUAAUUCUGCUGUACCUUUACCAGGCUAUACACAACCCUCUGCUAUAAGUAGUGUCCCUCCUCAACCACCAUAUUAUCCAUCCAAUGGCUAUCAGUCUGGUUACCCUGUUGUUCCCCCUCCUCAGCAGCCAGUUCAACCUCCCUAUGGAGUACCAAGCAUAGUGCCACCAGCUGUUUCACUGGCACCUGGAGUCUUGCCAGCAUUACCUACUGGAGUCCCACCUGUGCCAACACAAUACCCGAUAACACAAGUGCAGCCUCCAGCUAGCACUGGACAGAGUCCAAUGAGUGGUCCUUUUAUUCCUGCUGCUCCUGUCAAAGCUGCUCUGCCUGCUGGCCCCCAGCCCCAGCCCCAGCCCCCACUUCCAACUCAGCCCCAGGCACAGAAGAGGCGAUUCACAGAGGAGCUACCAGAUGAACGGGAAUCUGGACUUCUUGGAUACCAGGUACAGGCUUCUCCAGUCAGAAUGAGAUUGAAGGUGCAGGAUCGAAGCCGGCAAGUUCCUCAGGCAAAGAGCGAGAGAGGGACAGGCAGUUGAUGCCUCCACCAGCCUUUCCAGUGACUGGAUUAAAAACAGAGUCUGAUGAAAGGAACGGGUCUGGGACUUUAACAGGGAGCCAUGGUAAGUCAAGUGUUACUGGGGGAUCAGGAAUGACUAAGUAAGACUGGUCUAAAGAUGUUAGUUUUCUAACCUGAUGUUCAUUCAGGUGUUUUAUCCAAUCUGUUGUAAUCUACUGGCUAAUGAGAAAACUUUUUUCCUAUUUAUAAGGACAGCUUUUUUUUUUUUUUUUUCAACCAACGUGUCUAGAAAAGAGUCAGUCGACUUACAUUUUAUGCAUAGCGUCAGUGACAUUAAAACCUAGGAAAUUCUAGUAAUUGGUAGGUCAUUUCAAAAUUAUGUUGCCUGCGUUGUCUAGUACUUGGAGAUAAUCUGAUACAGACUUAAAAGACUGAAUUUUCUUUGUAUUGGGAGCUCAGCUAUAUUUCCUCUCAUAGCUCUGUUGGUCCAUAAUGGUCAGCCUUAUGGGUGUUAUGUAAAAUGUUGCUUUUUAGCAUGCCAGAACUGUUAAGUCCUGUAGAGGUAUUUGGGAUCAUUUUUGUUCUUUGCCUGUAGUCAUAAUAAAAAUAAACAGAAGAAAAUACAUAUUUUUCUUUUCUUAACUUCUUUUCUUUUAACUCUUUAAAAGGUGAAAUAUCAGCCUUCAGACUCACUUGCUAACUUUCCUUUUUCUUUUUUUUUUCUUUUUUUGUGUUUCUUUUUUCUUUCUCUGUUUUCUUACAUGGUUCUGGUGGAUUCACAUAUGCUGAUGCUGGUGCUGUUUUUCGUGUGAUCUUCAACGUUUUUGGGUGACCAUUGACCCUGUGACCUCAAAAUGGUGUCCAACUAACCACUUACAAUUAACGUCUUUUUUUUAUUAACGAAUUUAUGGUAUUAUUUUUUUUUCUUGGUGGGGAAUGGGGUUGGGGUUUUUUUUCUUUAUUCUAGAUUAUCCAGCCAAGAAGAUGAAAACUACAGAGAAGGGAUUUGGCUUGGUGGCUUAUGCUGCAGAUUCAUCUGAUGAAGAGGAGGAACAUGGAGGUCAUAAAAAUGCAAGUAGUUUUCCACAGGGCUGGAGUCUGGGAUAUCAAUACCCUUCAUCACAACCACGAGCUAAACAACAGAUGCCAUUCUGGAUGGCCCCUUAGGAAACAGUGGAACAGAGUUUUGACCCUCGGUGACUUCUUAGCAAUAAUGCAUGCAUUUGAUUUAACAAGACUCUGGGGCCUAUACUGGGAACCAUCGUGGACCUUUGCAGAAGUUAGAGAUGCAAUGCCCCCUUUCCUAAAGGGGCUGCAUUCUUUUUAAAACAUCCUUAUUUCUGCAGUGGCAUAGCAUCUAUCAAAAUUUACUUAGAAUCACAAAUUUGUCUCAGAAGCUUUUUAACAGUUGGUGAAGUAUGCUUGUCCAACAAAGCAUCCUAACUACAUUUUACCUGAUCCAGCCUUUUCCAGAUGACUAGUCCCAACUCUGACAUAAAGUUUUAUUUGUAUUUUACUACUGUUUGGUCAAUUUUGAUAAUAACUGAUUACAAGCAAAUCCUUACUAUUAAUUAGUGGGGAAAUGAUUUUAAGACCAUCCUUUUCAGCACUUAAUUCUAAGAGAUCCUCAUCCGUUUCAUUUUGGAUUCUUUCUGUUUUGGAAGAUGCUGUUUUACUAAUUUAAAACUUGGAGAUAGCUGGAUCUGGGAUAGGAAAAUGAAGUUAUUUUUUCAUUGUGUGUGUGUGUUUUUUUUUUUAAUUCUGAUGAUCCAAAGCUGACACCUUCAGGAACAUUGUGUCAGAUAGCCAUUGCUGUUUUUAUAGCCCUUCUAAGCUCCUUAUCUUCAGCUGGGUCAGAGAAAACUACUUGACUAAAACAGGUCAGAACUCAUCACAAAUGAAACACAGUGGUCUGUCUCUCUCAGAACUGGUUGCAGCUAAAGUAAGAGAGAUCUGACUGCUUGGAAUAGGAUGGUGGACUUAGUGACUGAAAUUGCAACUUGUCCUUUUUCUUGGCAUUACAGGUUUUGCCAAAAGAACUUUUUUAUAUCAAACAUUGAUAUGUGAAAAUGAAGGAGCUAGUCUGCUGAACCAAGAGUAGUUUGAGAUACUGAACUGUCAUUUUUGCACAUUUGAAUACUUUGCAGGCUGGCUUUGUAUAAACUUAUCCUCUGGUUUCCUAUAUGUUGUAAAUAUUUAGACCAUAAUUUCAUUAUAAAUAAAUGUAUAAAUAUUC